AUGUCUUCCCAGGAGUCAGUGUUGAUAACGGGCUGCAGCGAUGGGGGUCUUGGUGCGGCGUUGGCAGCCACCUUCCAGGAGCGAGGGUAUCGUGUCUUCGCGACCUCUCGCAGCUUGAAAUCCAUGUCAAAAGUCUCAGGUCUAGCUGGGAUCCACGUGCUUCAGCUUGAUAUCACUAGUGGGACGGACAUACAAGCUGCAAAGACUGCAGUCAGUGAGGAAACAGGAGGGUCUCUGUCAUAUCUCAUCAAUUGCGCCGCCAUCAACCACUUCAUGCCGCUGCUUGACGAAAAGAUUGAGGAUGCGAAGAAGAUCCAUGACACUAACGUCUGGGGUCCGUUGGCUGUCACUCAGGCCUUUGCGCCUCUGUUGAUUCAGGCCAAGGGAUCUGUUGUCUUCAUCACAUCUCUCGCUGGGCACUUAAAUACGCCCUACCAAGGCACAUAUGCUGCCUCCAAAAUGUCCGAAGAGAUUAUGGCCGAGACUUUGAGACUUGAACUUGCGCCCUUUGGUGUAAAGGUUCUCUCAGUGGUGUCCGGGGCUCUCAAAACCAUGGGCCAGACCCAUUUUGAUAGCUGGAAGUUGCCUGUCGACUCUCUUUACAAGCCUGUGGAGGAGACUAUUCGGGAUCGAGCUCGCGGCCAAGAGGGAGCACCUAGAAUGGAACCCGAAGUCUAUGCUAAGCGGGUGGUAUCAGAGAUCACAGCGAACCGCACGGGCAAGUUCUGGUACGGAGCGAGUGCGGGAGUCGUCAAGUUUUGCCUCUCUUGGCUGCCAACAUGGCUAAUGGACAAUGGUGUUCAAAUGAAGACUGGUCUCGAUGUUCUGGCUCAAGGAAAAUCUAGCAAGUGA